AUGGCAAAAGAAGGAAGGGUGAGAGGUAUUGCUCUGUCACAGGAAUACUUUCAGUUUAUCUUUAAGAAUGAACACGAUCUGAUGGACGUGUUAGAGAAGGGUGUUCAGACGUUCAAUGAGUGGGUGAUUGUGUUGGAGAGGUGGGUCGAGAAUCCGCCAGAGGACUACCUGCAAUUCAUCCCUCUAUGGGUUCAGAUGAGGAACAUACCUGUAAAUUAUUACACAACGGUGGCGCUAGAAGCCCUGGGAGACAUUGUUGGGAAAGUUAAAGUGGUAGCUUUUGAUCCAACGAAGCCGAUAACUCAAGACUACAUCAUAGUUUUGGUGAGGUUCAAUGUAGCUAACCCCUUGAGAACGUCUACGGUGAUAGACCUUGGUGGGGGAAAGUUCACGGUUAUUCGGUUCAGUUAUGAAAAGGUUCAGAAAAGGUGUUAUCAUUGCCAGAGAUUGAACCAUGAGAAACCAGUGUGCCCCAUCCUAGUGCGUCAAAGACAAGAAGAGGCGCAACUGAGGAGAAGCAGAGUCCAGGAAGAACUUGCUUUGAAGAAACAAGUUUUGCAGGAACAUAAUCCUCUCUUUGGGGUUUUGCUUGAGUCGCAAUUAGGGAUAAACCCAUUAAAUGGAAGACCAAAAAUAGCAGAAGAGGUUUUGCAAGAGAUGAGGAGAUAUCUGGUGGCUAAUACCGGAGAAGAUUUGGCGAUUAAGAUCGAUAAAGUGAUUAAAUCAGUCAAAGAGGCUGAGAAGGAUCCAGAGGUUCAGAGAACAUGCUUACGACUGGAAGAGGCACCGGAAAUAACCAAGGACCUUAACAGAGGCAAAGGAUUGGUCUUUGAUUACAGUCAGAAGGUAGAUGAUCAAAAGAAACAGCUAAGCAUCUUCAAACCAAAGAAGCUAAUGGCUGAUGCCUUCAAAUCAAACUCUACUCCAGUCCGAAGCUCGUUAGGAGGGGCAGAUGCGGAGAGCAGUGGAAACAAUGUAGUUGCUUUCUUUACAAACUAUUCAACGGUGUUUAAGCCAGGAACCUCGAGACCUGGUGUAUCCGGAAUAGUAAGGAAAAGAAACAACACCCGCAGAAGACCUUCAAAAUCAGCAAGGAAACCUAGAAAAGGAGGAGCCACCAACGAGGUUAUGGCAGAUUACACGGCUCAGAGAGAAGGAAAGCAAACUAUGGGGAAAAUAAGAGAAAGAAUGAAGAUCAGGGAGAGGAAGGAAGGUCAAAAUCAAAGGCGAGCAGCCUUCAGGUGA